GAGCGGGCGGGAGGACACCGCGUCCUGGGCGAGUGACAGCGUGGGGCGGCCGGUGAGGAGGAAAGAAGCGUUUCUGCGGGUGUCCUGCCGAGCGUCACCGGUGCCUCUCCGGGAAGAGCCUCCGGGUCCCGGUGCGCGCUCCCCGCCGCCGGCGGGGCGCAGGGAGAGCCGCGGAGAGUUUUGUCCGGGGAGAGGAAAGGAAGCUGGAAGUGAAGGUGAAGAAGUGCAGGCGCGGUGUCUCUUGUUGUGGUGCCCCAAAGUGGUUUUCCUUAGGAAUCUCUGGAGUGGAAUAGCCAUUGCUUCCAUCCUGCCUCAGGACCUGCUGCAGCUCUGUGAUUGCUGAUACAUGCUUGGCUGCUUUAAGGAGUCCUGGCAAGAUGGCAUCUUCCAGACUUACCAUCCUUAUAGCAUUGGCAUUUUCCUCUUCGUCCUUUGUUCUUUCACAUUCAAACAGGGCGAUGUGGUUUCAGGAUUUUUUUCCACCUAAUGUCUGCCCUAUAAAUGUCGAAGCAAACACUUUUUAUGGCAUCAUGUUUGAUGCAGGAAGCACUGGAACACGUAUUCAUAUUUACACCUUUGUGCAGAAGAGCCCAGAAAACCUUCCAGAGCUGGAAGGGGAAAUCUUUGAGUCUGUGAAGCCAGGUCUGUCUGCAUAUGCUGAUCAGCCUGAAAAGGGUGCUGAAACUGUCAAAAAGUUGCUGGACAUGGCCAUAGAAGCUGUGCCACCUCAUCUCUGGAAGAAGACCCCAGUAGUGUUAAAAGCUACAGCUGGACUUCGCUUGUUGUCAGAGGAAAAAGCUCAGGCUCUGCUUUUAGAGGUGAAAGAAGUCUUUGAAGAAUCACCAUUUCUUGUUCCGGAGGACAGUGUUGGCAUUAUGGAUGGGUCUCAUGAAGGAAUUUUAGCCUGGAUCACUGUGAACUUUUUGACAGGGCAGCUGUCUGGCCAGAACCGGCAAACUGUUGGGACUUUGGACUUGGGAGGAGCCUCAACCCAAAUCACAUUCCUACCACGUUUUGAGGAAACUUUGAAGGAAACCCCUGGGGAUUUUCUUACCUCAUUUGAAAUGUUUAAUAGCACCUACAAGCUCUAUACCCACAGCUAUUUGGGGUUUGGACUCAAAGCUGCCAGAUUGGCAAUACUUGGAGCUUUGAAUAUGGAAGUUGUGGAUGGACAAAUGUUCCGCAGUUCUUGUUUGCCAAAGCAGCUGGAGGCAGAGUGGCACUUUGGAGGAGUGAAAUACCGGUAUGGUGGCAACAAGGAAGGAGAAACAGGAUUCAAGCCUUGUUAUUUGGAAGUACUCAAGUUUGUCAAGGGGAAACUUCACCAACCAGAUGAGAUUCGUGGAAGUUCCUUCUAUGCUUUCUCCUAUUACUAUGAUCGAGCGGCUGACACCAACCUAAUCGAUUAUGAACAGGGAGGUGUUUUGGAAGUGAGAGAUUAUGAAAGAAAAGCCAAAGAAGUCUGUGAUAACAUGGAGAGGUACAAGUCAGCCAGUCCUUUCCUCUGCAUGGAUCUCACUUACAUCACUGCUUUGUUAAAGGAAGGUUUUGGAUUUAGGGACGACACACUCUUACAGUUAACAAAGAAAGUGAACAACAUAGAGACAAGCUGGACUUUGGGUGCUACCUUUUACCUGCUGCAGUCUCUGGGGAUGACCUAUUGACCUGUGAUAGUCCUGUGGACUUCAGCAUUUCUGAAAGGCUGAGAAAGCAAAUUCAGAUCUCCUGGUAUGUUGUUCAGCUGGAACUGGUCAAAGAGCAGAACAUGGACCAAAGAUAUAAGACAGAUCUUUAUCCUGGAUUGGCAUUGUGCCUAAUGAGAGUUGACACAGCAUGAUUUAUAAUUAUGAUUGCAAUAAAUGAUCCAGAAUCUGCCUUCUGAAAGUCAAAAGACCUAAACGCUAACAGAGAAUACGUGAGGGGCUCAAAACCAGCAUUCACCAGCAUGUUUGUUAGAAGCACAGAGUACCUGGAUGUGGUGGCACAUUACGGACAUGUGACUUCCCUUACCCCCUUCUUUUUUAAAAAUACAUAACUUAAGUUUGCUUUUGAGAUGUUAAAUACAGAAAUUAAAAAUACCAUCAACAGUCAUUCAAAGAGAAGUGAACAACUCUGGAUGCUGCCAACCUCAGUGUUCCACUAUUAGCUUAGCUAAUAAAUGGUAAGAAGACUCCAGUCUUUUAAGAAGGGCCUGCUAUAAGCACACUUUGGGCAUGGUUUUGGGAGAGGUGUUAGCUAAAACAUAGUAACUUACCAAGCAUUUGUUUAAGCAGAACGUGUGCCUGACCGUGCUCCUUUUUGCUGCCCUUUACAAGUCUGUGCAGUUAUACCGUACAUCUGACUACCAGACUUGGUAAAUUGAUGUAAUCAUAACACAUAGUUGAGCUGGCACAACGAGGCAGCAGUGCCAGCUAUUUAAACUCCACUGCCAGAAGAAAUGCUUGUCACAUUACACCCACAAGGAAAUUGGAGCCAGAUGAAAUGGCUGAUCUGACAGCUCAGUUUGCUGUGAGAAGCAGUUCUGUUUCUCUGCUCUCAGCAAGACACUCCCACAGCCUUCUUUCCUCUGCUGUUGAUGCUCUUCAGGUUCUUUGGUGAACUAAUUCAUGGCACCAAACUUGAGGUAACUCAGCUCACCCAAGAGUCAAGUCCAGUGCUAGCACGAGGGAAGUGGGCAUUGCACAGUGCGGGGACACCUGCUGGGCCAGUGAGCUGUCAGAACACCACAGUCCAUUUUGUCAGCGAAGGUGUGGUUUCCCAUCUGAAACUUUGGGUGUCUGGCUCCCUACAUUAUCCUCUGAAUACAGAGCUGCAGGAUACAAGUUCUUUAUACAGUUGUUAAAUUAUGAAAAUAAAGAGAGCAAAAUUAGCAUCAGAAACAGGGAAAACAAGAACAGAAGUAACUUUGCUUUCUUAUCCUUUAUUUAUCCCUUAUCUAUUUCAAAUUGUUUUAAACUUAAUUUCUCUUUUAUUUAAGAUAGUGGAGUUGAACCCAUAAAAUGGUGUAUGCUCUGGAUUUUUAAUAUAUACUGCAGGUCCAUCAGAACAGUGCAUCCAGUAAAGGGGUUACAGCUGUUUAGGAAGCUCAAGACUUCUGUCAGGAUAGCAUGAAGCUAUUUGAGUAAUAAUUUAAAGUGAACCUUGCCAUCUCUCUCACACCAAACCCAUAGAUGCAAUGGUAGGUUAAUAUUUUAAAUCAUCUUGUCAGAAAGGCUAGAAAGUGGGGCUGUAGGAGCCUAGUUUUCUUGUUUUAAUUGGCUGUAAGGAUGAUCAAGAUUGCUCCAGUACCUCAAGGCUUUACCUUGCAUUGCCCCAAGUAGAAACCGCUGUAGAGACUUUGGAAGUUUGCUCAUCAAAAAUUAGUAUCUUCUCCUCCCCAUGGACUGUGUAAUGCACAGAUGAAUUUACCCCAGCAUAAGAAAGAGAUACUACUCACAUGACUAAGAGAACCUUUUAUCCACUGAUUUCUUGUGAUGAGCACUUUUCUGUUGGGCAUUUGCUGUUACCUGUUUGCAAUAAAAUACAUUUCCCGCUUCUGUCAAACCAAAGACUGCCCUUGCACCCCCUUCUCUGCAAACUGGAUUCCCAGCAAGGGGAGGAAGUAGUGCACUCAUGUCUUCAAUGGUCUUGCCAAGCUGUUUGGAGACAGAAAUUUGCCUUACUGUGAAGAUUAGCCUUUUUCCUCUAGUUAGCAGUGCAAGUUUGCCUGUGGCUGAUUAAGCUACCCCUUCUCAUAACUCAGGUUUUAUGGCAUGAGGGUGCAAGGCAUGCUUUUGAUUGAACAAGUUCAGUCAGCAACAAGAAACCAAGGGCUGGGGAUGGAGCCACUCAUCCCAUCACUGACACCUUGCUAUAAAUUCAGGCUGGUUUUUUGAAAUAGAAAAUGGUCGUGCUACAUGUGUACUCCUUACCAGAAUCUGUUUGAGACCCAUGUUGUGAAAUUCCUCAGUGUCACAACAAACUUCUGUUCCCUCCUCACUAGGAGCUGCUGUUUGAACAUGAAGAAAGUAGUUGUGGCCUCUUCUCAACUAUAAACAUUUCUUAUUUUUCCAUGUGUUUGGCAAAACUUAGUAUAUGGUCUGGUCUGCACAACAAGGUGACUGCAUAUGCAUUCAUUUUGUCUUCAGUCAACAUUUUUGUAUCUUGGAGAAUACAAAGUAGGAUGCAGUGGUUACUGGCCAGGUUGUGUUACCCUGAGGACUAGCUAAUUUAAUGAUCCAAAAGUCACCUUUCACUCUGAGCCAGUGCUAUGACAAACUUACUAUAUCUCAGGGCUAAGAGCUGAAACAGCGAGGCUGUGUUUCAAACAGGGUGGGAAGGUGGGUUGUAUAUAAGGAAGAAGCAGCAUUGCAUCUGCCACCUGAACAGACACUAGCACACAGACAGAAGGAGUACUUGAGGGUUUGGUUUUGUCUGAAGGGAGGAUAAACUAGAAGAGUACCAUGCAGAGGAAGUUUCUUUUCUGCAUUCUUUGCCUCAGACUCUGGUACUACAAAUGUUAGGGGGUAGCACCUGCUGCCCAGUACCAAAGUUGAAUUAAAUCUGAAUCCUCAGGGCCUUUCUUUUAUCAGUGACAGAAUGCAUUAGCUGAAGCAAAACUGCUGCUCUCUAUCAGGGGCCUGAUCCUUCAGUCAUGAGAGAAACAAAACCUUUGUUUAUGUUUGCAAGAAAUUGCAGAAUUGAGCGCCUGCUGUUUUCAUCUGAACUACACAGGUGGGUGGGGGGAUUUAGAGAAGCCAAAGUCCUCACAUUUACCCUAGUGCAGUGAGAUUAUUUAUUAGCUAAACUAAAGACUAAACAGCCUUUUAAGAGAAGAGCUCUACUUGCAGCCCUGAUUUUUAUCUCUUCCUUUCUAGUGUCUUUUAGUCAGCCACUAACAGGAACUGCUAGUGGAGUUCCUGCAGUGGAACUCCAACAGGAGUGACUGCAAAAGCACAAAUAAUGGUUUUCAGUUCAAAACUUAUGUUUCAUUCUUUCUGAUGUUAAUUCCUGAUACUGGUCAACCAUAUGUGUAAAUCUUGGUCAUGGGCAGUGCUUACUUAAUUUUGUGAGUGGCAAAUGUCUAAUGCAAGAAGCUUGUGUUUGGAACCUAAGAAAGAAUAUCCUGAAAUGUCUAUUUUAGUAAUUAAAGCAUUUUUAACAAUA